AUGUCAACAAUUCGCAAGUAUUCCUCAGUAGCCGCCAGAAGAACUCAUGCCAAUGGCCGGGCCUUGCCCAUUCGCUUAGUUGGAAUCAAUAUCAUCGGUUCGCUCCCUACGGGUAAAGGCCACACCAAGUUUGUUGUAGUGGCGGUCGACUACUUCACUAAGUGGGCGGAGGUUGAGCUACUAGCGAAGAUAACGGAACAAAAAAUCACAGAUUUUGUUUGGAAGAAUGUCAUAUGCAGGUUCAAAAUUCCUCAGACUAUCAUCUCUGACAACGAGAAACAAUUAAAAAAUAAGCAAUAUCAUGGGAUGUGUAGAAACCUUGAGAUUCGCAGCAUUUACUCAUCUCUACGGCAUCCUCAGGCAAACAGACAGGUCGAAGCAGUUAACAAGAUCAUCAAGCACCACCUUCAGACCAAGCUCGAGAAAGUUAAAAGAGCCUGA